AGGAGAGAAAAGAAGAAAGAUAUGAGAGAAAAACAUACGGAGGAAAGGAAGAGAGAAAAGAAAGAAGAGGUAUGAAGGAGGAAAAAAAAAAAAGGGUAUGAAGGAGAAAAUACCAGUGAGCUAGGCUAAAGAAAAUAGUGAGAGUUAUUUUAUACUUCUAUUAUUUCAAAUAAUGAAAGAAAGUACUGCUGCUGCCCGGAGGACGUAAACAGUUGCCAAACCUCGUAAAUAUAUUGUGUCUCGUUUAUUUUAUAUUCCACUACACCUACCAUUGAUUUUACAACAUUAAUAUAUGCCCAAAAAUUUGACAUUAUUGACAUCUAUUUUUAUUUUUUUCAGAAUAUUAAAAAAAAAAAAAAACAUUCACCAUCCUUAUAGUCUAAGGCGUUGAUAAUUUCAAACUCCAUCUCUCCCGUUGGUGGGUAUUUAAUUCAAUAAAUACAUGAAUUCAAUAGCGUGUAUGUUGUACGAUGUGAUUGUCUAAUAUGGUAUGACUAUGUUACCUGCUAUGUAUAUAUACAUGCAUAUACGAAGUAUUGGACACUAAGCAACCUUGUAUUUCUGUUUUUGGUCAACAAUGGGGGUCUCUUCUCUGUAUCCUAGUUCAUGUCACCAGAGUCUUAGUUUUAGAGCAAAAAAAUACAGUAAGACUAGGAUCAUUAGAGGCAACAGUGUAAUAAGAUGUAAAACUAGUAGAUUAGAUCAAACUUCGGACGGAGAGAUGGGUGGCAAAAGGAAGCUUAAAAUUCUGAUCGCCGGUGGGGGCAUUGGGGGGCUAGUUUUGGCAUUGGCAGCGAAACAUCGAGGGUUCCAAGUGCAGGUGUUUGAGAAAGACUCGAGUUCAGUGAGAGGGGAGGGGAAAGGACGUGGACCAAUUCAACUUGUGAGUAGUGCAUUGGCAGUGCUGGAAGCCAUUGACGAGGACGUCGUGAAACAAAUCAUGGAAGCAGGUUGUGAAACUGGCAACAGAAUCAAUGGCUAUGCUGACGGAGUCUCAGGCGAAUGGUUUACCAAGUUUGAUCUGUCAUCGAGUGCUGUAAGUAGGGGGCUUCCUAUCACUCAAGUAAUAUGCAGGAUGGAGCUUCUGGAUAUCUUAGUCAAUGCAGUUGGAUCUGACAUUCUGAGAAACAAAUCGAAAGUGGUGGACUUCAUUCAAGACCCUAACAAGGUUACAGUGAUCCUUGAAGAUGGACAACGAUAUGAUGGUGAUGUUUUAGUAGGAGCCGAUGGAAUCUGGUCAAAGGUGCGCUCGAAAUUGUUUGGCAUACGGGAAGCAAAAUACUCAAAUUACACCUGCUACAGUGGACUCACUAAAGUUGUCCCAUCAUAUGUUAAUAGUGUUGGGUAUCGGAUCUUCUUGGGAACGAACCAGUACUUUGGUGCAGUAGAAGUUGGGCAUGGGAAUAUGCAAUGGUUGGCCUUCCAUAAGCAGCCACCAAUGAGCACUGAUCCUCCUGAAGGUAAAAAGAAGAGGCUCCUGGAGGUAUUUGGAAAAUGGUGUCAGGAAGUGGUUGCUCUAAUUCAAGAAACACCUGAGUCCAUGAUUUUACGAAGAGAUAUCUACGAUAGAGACAUGAUAUAUUCCUGGGGAACCGGGCGUGUUGCUCUGCUAGGUGAUGCUGCUCAUCCAUUGCAGCCAAAUCUUGGAAUAGGAGGAUGCAUGGCAAUUGAGGACAGUUACCAGCUUAUAGAUGAGCUUGAUCAAGUUCCCAGUACUGGCUCCAAUGCUCAGAGGACAGAUGCAAUUGUCUUGGCCCUGAGAAGAUAUGCAACAAAAAGAAUGAGGCGUGUUGGUAUAGUGCAUGCAGCCACCCGAAUGGCACCGGAAAUGCUUGCUAUGUACCGACCUUGCAUAGAGUUCAAAUUUGGUCCCCUGGCUCAUCUAUCAACUCUGAAGAUAAUGCACCCUGCAUUUCCGAUGGCUCGUGCAUUUCUGCAAUUUUGUAUGCCAGAAUUUAUGACUUGGAUAAUAACGGGGCAUGGGUUAUCUCUCAAAGGGAGAGAAAAGGAUCCAUCAUACAAACAGCAGAAUGAAUCACAAACUUCAAUGACUUCGUGAGAAAGACGUCAUCAACAAUAUGUUAAAUUCUCUAACAGAAGCAAGAAACUAUCACUGAUCAAG